UUUGUCUGAAGCAAUGAUGUAAGAACAAAUGAUCGACACAAAAGAUAUGCACAAAAAAACAAUUAAGGACACAAUGGAAAUUGAUUUGGUCUUGCUGAAAUCAACAAAAGGUCUAUUGAAAAUAGCAGAAGCGGUGUUUGUUUUCGUGGCUCUUUUGUGUUAUGCUGUGGCAUCUAGGCCUCCCUAUAUUGCAGCAACGUGCAUGGAGUUUUUCAUCACACUUGGCUUCCUUCUACUUUACCUACUGAAACUCAACAAGAGGUUUACCUUCAUCUUCUGGGCUCUUAUUGAUGUGUUUAACUCAUUUUUUGCUGCAGCAUUCAUGCUUAUUCUCAGCCUUAUAGCUGUUUCUACAUAUAGAUUGAAGGGCACUCUGGGUGGAGGGAUUGUGGGUCUUGUGGCUGUGGCCUUGUGGUGUCUGGAUGGUUACCUUCUUUUAAAGAAAAUCACAUUUAACAAGCCGGGAACGAAAACAACAGAUCAUGUAGAGGGAAAUUAAUUUAGCAAAUGGUCUCAUGUUUAUCAACAAAAUAUAAUUGCAAAUGUUGUAAAAAAUGUAUUACAUGUAAUGUUGUUCUUUUUUUUUAAUAUCUCAACCAUAUAGUAGUACAUGAGCCACCUCAGUAUUAUCUUAAGCACAGUGUCCUUUUUACAUUCAUUUGUUUUCCCCUUUGUAUAAGAUAACUGUUGCUCAGAAAUGCAUUUAUUAAAGUCUUAUUAUACUCCAAA